AUGGGACAGAUUGUCGACCAUCGUGCUCUGUACAGCGUUGUGAACAAGGCUGCCGGCAUCCUUGAGGCCAAGAGUGUUAGCCAGUAUUAUGGCGGCUCGCUCGGAUACCGUAGCAUUGACCGCCUCUGCGUUGGCUACCAAAACCAGGCUUUUAUUGCCUGA